GGCAAAGAGGGGCGGAAGUGCUUGUUUGUGUUUUGGUUCUAAAAGGGAAGUAGAGCGAGAUAGAGCAGAAAACAGAGGACGUGUUCAGGGCUGGUGAAAUUAUUAUCCACUCACUGUAAUAUUCCAGAGAAACACGCACUUAUCCCGACGUGCCUGUGUCAGAAGUCGGUGUCCUCGAACCGUCGACUGGGCUCCAGUGCUCAUUUCUCUAUUUUCAGAAGCCGUGUAGGUCGUCCUGUAACAGUGCAGUGUGAGUGCGCCCGAAGGAGAAGGGGACAUUAACAGCUGUCAUGGUCAAUCGGGUAGUGGCGACUCGGCCCAGCGGGCCCAACGCGGGCAGUAAGAUCUGCCAGUUUAAACUGGUGCUGCUGGGAGAGUCUGCAGUGGGCAAGUCAAGUCUCGUGCUGCGCUUUGUCAAGGGCCAGUUCCAUGAGUUUCAGGAGAGCACAAUAGGAGCGGCCUUCCUGACGCAAACAGUGUGCCUGGAUGACACAACAGUGAAGUUUGAGAUUUGGGACACAGCCGGACAGGAGCGCUACCACAGCCUGGCCCCGAUGUACUACAGAGGAGCCCAGGCUGCCAUCGUGGUCUACGAUAUCACUAAUGAAGAGUCAUUUGCAAGAGCAAAGAACUGGGUAAAAGAGCUUCAGAGGCAGGCCAGUCCAAACAUCGUCAUUGCUCUGUCUGGAAACAAGGCUGACCUUGCGAACAAGAGAGCUGUUGACAUCCAGGAAGCCCAGUCUUACGCAGACGACAACAGCUUACUUUUCAUGGAGACAUCAGCCAAGACCUCCAUGAAUGUGAAUGAGAUUUUCAUGGCUAUUGCUAAAAGGUUGCCAAAGAGUGAGCCCCAGGCUUCUGGAGCUGGCAGUGUGGGCAAUCAGGCCGUGACACUAACCGAGAUGAGCGCACCUCCCAUCAGGCAGUCUGACUGCUGCUAACUAAUGCAAAACAUCCCACCCACCCAAACUGUUAGCAAGCCAACUAACGCAAGGCCUUGCCCCUCUCCAGACUUGUUUAUGACUGUAACUAAUGACAUGCCCUGCUCUGUUCCAUUGCAUAACUCAGUGGUCAGCAGUAACAAAAGCUAAGCCCUGUCCCUCUGCAUUUAUACACUGCUCUGUCUUCUGAUGGUAAUGGCUUAUGUUUCAACAUUGCACUCUGCUUUCACAUCAGAAAAACCAUUUUCCCUUAUGCCACCAGCUAGCCUUAGGCAACGGGGUGAGGCCUCAUAGAUAAAGACUCUAUAGCCUGUAUUUCUCAAACAGGAUCUUUCUUUUUCUGUUGCUUUUUCUUUUUUUCAUUUUUUUUGUUGUAUAGAAAAGUAUUUUUCAGAAUAAUGGAUGCACGUUUCACUACAAGGCCUAAACAUGAAUCAAAAUUUUAACAUAAUUCAGUGGCACAAGCAGUACGAGAGGAUGAGACUGAUUCCUGCAGCAUGUUUUCCACGUGGUCCGACUCCACGUCUGCAUGCCUCAGUGGCAAUGUGCAAUAGCUGACUGCCUACUUAUUUUCACUGUACUGCCUAAAAACUCUUAAUAUCAACAAAAUAUCCACCCUGGUUUUCAAAUACACACAUGCAGCCAUACACAUUGAAGAUUCUAUUGCCACAAACUCUCUGGCCUGACCAGGGCAGCCUUUACUGAUUUGUCAGGUCUUUUGGGACUCUGUGUGUGUUUGUGUGUGUGUGUGUGUGUGUGUGUGUGUGUGUGUGUGUGUGUGUGUGUGUGUGUGUGUGUCUGUCUGCGUGUCGGCUGGCAUGCAUGUUUGAAAGCUGUUUACACUGUAACAGGUUGUAAAAGGUCAUUUUCACCCCUAUUUUGAGCUUUACACAUGUCCACACAAGUAUACAGAUAGAAUAGUCCUCUCUCUUCAUCAGACAUGCUCCUGAUGAUGAACCUGUCUGUCUCUCUGGUUUUAUGACACAUGCCUUGCACUAAUUUUGUGUGAAUAUAUCUGCUAUCUGCUCUUAAGUACAGCCUGUGUGUGUGUGUGUAUGUAUGUGUGUAUAUGUAUGUGUGUGUGUAUGUGUGUGUGUGUGUGUGUAUAUAUAUAUACACACACACACACACUUACAUACACUUACGUACACAAUACAUAUAGUGAGGGGAAAUAAGUAUUUGGACACGUUUGCUAUUUAAUAUACUUCUAUUACAUAUAUCCACCUCAAAUUUUUCUUUUGACUUUGUACUUAUACUUUCUUGUUAAUAUUCAUGUGUUCAUAAGUGUAAACAAAGAUAUGUUUAAAAACGAAAUUGAUAUGUAUAUAAGUAUUCAGACACAAUAAAUUAACAAUAGUACUUUCUUGCAAAGCCCUUGCUGGCAAUUAUAAUUUUGGCCCAUUCCUCUUUGCAAAUCCUCUUCAAUUCCCCAAGGUUACGCGGCUGCCUCUGAUGGACUCAGUUUCAGAAUCCUCCAUAAAUGAAGUCAGGAGGUGGGAUAGGCAAUGCAAGCACUUUCAAAGUCUUAGAAACCAGUCUUAAGUUAUUGUGGCUGUAUGUUUGGACUCAUGGUCUUGUUGAAACGUCCAUCUUCUCUACAGGUUCAGUUUCUUGGCUGAAACUCCUCUAAUGUGUCCCGGUACAUCAGUCCAUUCAUGUUUUCUUUGAUGUUGUGUAAUGCUCAAGUAGCAUUUGCAGAGAAGUAGCCCCAUAUCAAGAUGCUCCCACCACCAUGUUUCACUGUGGGUGUGGUGUCCCUAAGAACAUACACACAACACUUUUUUUCUUCAAACAUGAUGAGCUGAAUUAUUGCCAAAGAGUUCUAUUUUUAGUUUCAUUGUGCAUCCUCUGUGUGUCUUUUUUUUAGCAAAGGAGUUUUAUGUAGAGACUGAUUGGGACUGACCGCUCCAUUUAAGUGGUGUUUAAUAAUGUUGUCCCUGAGAACUUGUCCCUGAGGAAGCCCUUUCACCGUCACCAUGAUUGCUACUCGUUGUCUCGUUGUAUCAAGUAUAUUUUUACACCUUUGGUUAUGCUUAUGAAUACAUACAUUUUUGUUCAUAUUUGUAAAUUCAAAGUCAAAAGACAUUGUGCUUAAAAUGAAGUGGAAAUAUGCACUGUAAUAUAAAUAUAACAAAAAAGUGUCCAAUUACUUAAUUCCCCUUAUGGUGUGUGUGUUAUAUAUAUAUAUAUAUAUAUAUAUAUAUAUAUAUAUAUAUAUAAACAGAAAGACACAGAUUUGUUAAUUUACUGUAAAUAGGGUGUUGCAAUGUAGUCAACUUUUCCAUUUACUGUUUCAGAACUAAUGCUUAAUAAGGAUGUGGCGUUGUCUAAAAAAUCAUUAAAACAAAAAUUGUACAGUAACCAGAAA